GGGCAGUGUGGCCGGCUCCGAAGCCCGGGUCCUGCCCCCGCGCCCGGGGCGGGGGCAGCUGCGCGCGUCUGCCCGCGGUUAACGGCGCGCGUGCCGUGCAGAAUCUCACCAGAAGAGGGUACAGUUUGCAAAGCGUUUGACGUCAGGCUGGGAUCCCUAUUGUGUUUAGAAACGGCUCGGGCAAGGCGAGCUCAAGUUCGCUCUCCGCACACGCGCUCGGCGGACGGCGCGGGUCCGGCGGCGGCCCCUGGACCUGCCCGCCGCCGCCCGUGCGCCCACGAGGGCACCCGGCUUCCGCAGGACGCCGAACCUGGGCGGAGGAUCGCCACGCCGGGGAGCCGAGGGUGAGUGCCCCGGGUGAGUCCGGUGCGGCGAGAGCCCCCCGCGGCGCGCCAGGCGCCCCAGGCCCGCCCGCAGCCCCGCGGCCGAGCGCAUGCCUCCCCCGCGGCGCGCGCCCGCCGGCGGCCGCCCGCUCUGAGCACUCUUCCCGGCAUCGGGCUCCGGCCGGGAGGUCCCCGAGGGCGGCGCACCGGGGCGCCCCGCCCGACCCCCACCCCCAGCGGCGGCGGCGGCGGCGGCAGGGCGCGCGGAGCCCGGGCUGCGAGGGCUCGCGCCGCGGGAGGAUGGACGGGUCGGCGGAGCGCAGCCUCCCGGAGCCGAGCAGCCAGGACUCGGCGGCCGGCGGCGACAUGGAGAUCGUAGUCAACGUAGGGGGCGUGCGGCAGGUGCUGUGCGGAGACCUGCUCAGCCAGUACCCCGAGACGCGGCUGGCCGAGCUGGUUAACUGCCUGGCGGGGGGCUACGACGCCAUCUUCUCGCUGUGCGACGACUACGACCCCGGCAAGCGCGAGUUCUACUUCGACCGCGACCCGGACGCGUUCAAGUGCGUCAUCGAGGUGUACUACUUCGGGGAGGUUCACAUGAAGAAAGGCAUCUGCCCCAUCUGCUUCAAGAGCGAGAUGGACUUCUGGAAGGUGGACCUGCGCUUCCUGGACGACUGCUGCAAGAGCCACCUGAGCGAGCGGCGCGAGGAGCUGGAGGAGAUCGCGCGCCGCGUGCGCCUCAUCCUGGACGACCUGGGCGUGGACGCGGCCGAGGGCCGCUGGCGCGGCUGCCAGAAGCGCGUCUGGAAGUUCCUGGAGAAGCCCGAGUCGUCGCGCCCGGCGCGCGUGGUGGCCGUGCUGUCCUUUCUGCUCAUCCUCGUCUCGUCCGUGGUCAUGUGCAUGGGCACCAUCCCCGAGCUGCAGGUGCUGGACGCCGAGGGCAACCGCGUGGAGCACCCGACGCUGGAGAGCGUGGAGACGGCGUGCAUCGGCUGGUUCACGCUGGAGUACCUGCUGCGCCUCUUCUCGUCGCCCAACAAGCUGCACUUCGUCCUGUCCUUUAUGAACAUCGUGGACGUGCUGGCCAUCCUGCCCUUCUACGUGAGCCUCACGCUCACGCACCUGGGCGCGCGCAUGAUGGAGCUGACCAACGUGCAGCAGGCCGUGCAGGCGCUGCGGAUCAUGCGCGUCGCGCGCAUCUUCAAGCUGGCGCGCCACUCCUCGGGCCUGCAGACGCUCACCUACGCGCUCAAGCGCAGCUUCAAGGAGCUGGGGCUGCUGCUCAUGUACCUGGCCGUGGGCAUCUUCGUCUUCUCGGCGCUCGGCUACACCAUGGAGCAGAGCCACCCGGAGACGCUGUUCAAGAGCAUCCCCCAGUCCUUCUGGUGGGCCAUCAUCACCAUGACUACGGUGGGCUACGGGGACAUCUACCCCAAGACCACGCUGGGCAAGCUCAACGCGGCCAUCAGCUUCCUGUGCGGCGUCAUCGCCAUCGCGCUGCCCAUCCACCCCAUCAUCAACAACUUCGUCCGCUACUACAACAAGCAGCGCGUCCUGGAGACGGCCGCCAAGCACGAGCUGGAGCUCAUGGAACUCAACUCCAGCGGGGCCACCGCCGAGGGCAAGGCCGGGGGCUCCCGCAGCGACCUGGACAUCCUGCCGCCUCCGGAGCCGCCCGGGAAGGAGGGGCCGAGCUGGGGCAGCCGGCUGAAGCUCUCCCACAGCGACACUUUCAUCCCCCUCCUGACCGAGGAGAAGCACCACAGGACCCGGCUCCAGAGCUGCAAGUGACCGAGAGGCCCCGGGCCGUGGACGGAUGGAUGGACCGAGUGGCAGGUGUGUCCGCGGCUGCCCUUGAGGGGCUGCCCUGGGUCCCCCCUCAGCCUCUCCCAGACGUUCUCUCGAGGCCUCCCGGGGCCCAUCUGACCGGGCUGGGUAAGACGCCUGUGUGUGCCGGCUGUCCAGGAGCCGGGAGAGGGGUGCAGGAGUCACAGGGUAGCGUGGGCGAGCCGAGUAGCCUGGCUGGGCGGGAGCGUGCACCCGCUUCUGUAUCUCCUUGAAUAAAGCCUCCUGCCCCGUG